AUGCCGGAAGGAUUGCCGAUUGACCAUGAGCAUGUAUUGAACGGGACAAUGGUGGCAUAUGCGCAGCAGCUUUUGAUCUGUACUGGACAGAGAGACUGGACAAGUCGGAUUGAAAAUGAUGGAGAAAACCAUGGCUGGGGUGAUCUCGUAAGGGGCCUUAAGCGCCUGCUUGGUCGCGGAGGCCCAUAUCUGGACCCCUUCAACAAUGUCCUUGUCACUAAUUCUUCCAUUAAACCUGCUGCUAGCAGUCCCACCACCGCGUCCGCAUUUCUUUUCCCGGGCUUCAAAUACAUCCCCUCUAUCCCAGUCGAAAUCCUCUCCUCUCCAAAUACCACCGACUUGACCACUUUUGUUCGCGCAUUUCUCCUCCCCAAGCAGCUAAAUAGCAUGCACUUGUCUUUGCCCGAGGCCAAGCAAGCUGACAUCACCCGGGUACCGGAUUUGGCUUCGAAGUUCACGGGCAUCAUCGAUAUCGAACAUUCGCCUACCGUUUUGAUCUGUGGACAUGGAGGUCGUGAUAUGCGCUGUGGUGUCAUGGCACCUGCGCUCGAGACAGAAUUCCAGCGUGUGCUUCAAGCAAAAGGAUUUACUUCCACGGAUAGCCAUGGCACGACCAUCGACGACCCCAAGCAUGCCCACAUUGGUCUGAUCAGCCACGUUGGCGGUCAUAAAUACGCAGGCAAUGUCAUUGUAUAUAUUCCACCAAAGAUGACGGUGGGAGACUCAGAGCCUCACCCGCUGGCAGGUAAGGGAAUUUGGUAUGGUCGCGUGGAGCCCAAGCAUGUGCAAGGUAUAGUGGAUGAAACUAUCCUUCGGGGUAGAGUAGUUACGGACCAUUUUCGUGGUGGAGUAGACCGGAAUGGGGACAUUUUGCGAUUGUAG